AUAAACACAAGAAGAAUUUUGGAACAAAUAAAGCUUUCUUCCAAGAGUUCCUUUUUCGUCCACUCCUCUUGGCUCUGUGUGCAUACAUAUUCUGUAUGUAUAGCCAUGUGAUCCUUAUACAUUUUCAAUUUGCACCCAAAAGCCCUAAUCAAUUCAUUCAAUUAGGGUUUAUUUUUUCUUGAAUUUUUCUGUAAAGAAAACGACAGUGAAAGCUGUUUAAUAUACUCUCUACACAUUCAUAUAUACAUACAAAAAUUGUGAAAAAAAGGGAGAAAAACCAACUUGGUUAUGGUUGAUAGUGUGUUAAAGGGUAUUAGAAAUUGAGGUUGAAUGGUUGUUAUUGUUGUUGUUGUUGAUGAUGAUGAUGGGUCGAGAAGGUGGUGGGCAUGUGGUUCCGGUGGAUCCAGGUACGGUGGUGGGUGUAUUGAAGAAGAAAGGUGUGGGUUCAAGGAGUUGGCUUUUGAUGGAUGCUUCAGGUUUGGAAACUGUUCUAGAUGUUGAUAAGUAUGAGAUUAUGCAUCGCGUGCAAAUUCACGCUCGUGAUCUUCGCAUUAUCGAUCCUCUUCUUUCUUAUCCUUCCGCCAUUCUUGGCCGUGAAAGAGCUAUUGUUCUUAAUUUAGAGCAUAUCAAGGCUAUUAUUACAUCUGAAGAGGUUCUUCUUCGGGAUCCAUCAGACGAAAAUGUUACUCCCGUUGUUGAGGAACUUAGAAGGCGACUGAAACCAAUGAAUGCAAAUCGUGAAGACCAGAGAGAGGAAAAAGAUUCUAAUGUUCAGCAUGAUAUUGAAACAACUGAAGAAGAUGAGUCUCCAUUUGAAUUCCGAGCUCUAGAGGUUGCUUUGGAAGCCAUCUGUAGUUACCUUGCUGCACGCACAUUAGAAUUGGAAACUGCUGUUUACCCUGCUCUGGAUAUGCUAACAUCAAAGAUUAGUAGCCGUAAUCUGGAUAGAGUGCGGAAAUUGAAGAGUCAAAUGACACGGUUGACUGCUCGUGUACAAAAGGUGAGAGAUGAGCUUGAGCAACUUCUCGAUGAUGAUGACGACAUGGCUGACCUUUAUUUGUCCAGAAAAUUGGCUGGUGCGUCACCUGUAAGUGGAUCAGGUGCAGCCAGUUGGUUUCUUGUCUCACCUACCAUUGGUUCAAAAAUAUCUAGGGCUAGUAGAGCAAGUAUUGCAACAGUUCGAGGGGAUGAGAAUGAUGUUGAAGAGCUUGAAAUGUUAUUGGAGGCUUACUUCAUGCAAAUUGAUGGCACAUUUAAUAAACUAACUACGCUCCGAGAAUAUAUUGACAACACAGAAGAUUACAUAAACAUUCAGCUGGACAAUCAUCGAAAUCAGCUCAUUCAGUUAGAACUUUUUCUCAGUUCAGGAACUGUGUGUGCAUCUAUCUACUCUUUGAUUGCUGGGAUUUUUGGGAUGAACAUUCCAUAUUCUUGGAAUCAUGAACAUGGUUACAUGUUUAAAUGGGUGGUAGCCAUUAGCGGCAUGAUCUGCGCUGUGCUUUUCAUACUUAUAAUCUCUUACGCUCGCUUCAAAGGGCUUGUUGGAUCGUGAGUUUUACUAUCAAGUGAAGGAAGAUCCGAUGGCGAGCUAAAGCUUUUGCCCAUGUCUCAUUGCCGACACACGUGAUGCCUCAUAUGGUAAUGAACUAUACAGAAAACCCAAAGCUGUGAAUGACCAUAGUUAUUUUGCUAUGUCAAGACAGUUCCAUUCACUCUUUCGGACAAAACAAGCUUGAGAUAUCUACUUCAGGGCUUACCCUGUCAUAUUCUUGUAAUAUAUGAGAACUACCCAAUUUUAAUUGAUUAUGUCAAUCACAACGAAAAGGUGUAAUGACGAUUUUUUUCUUUAAAAAAAAAAGAAAGAAACUGCUGUUGAUUCGGUUA